AUGACUGGUCCUUUGCCUCUGUUCCUAACUCUGCUGGCCGCACAAGUGAGCCUUGUGCGGUCAGCCACGCCACCACAUCUUCCCGCAAACCUAACUGCGCUCCCAUAUGAUCCAAGGCCAGCACCAUCGUACAUGGUGGACAACCAGCACAACUAUUACCACACUGCACCUGACAAGGGAAAGCAGAACGGCCCAGUAUGGCGUUACUCGGGUAGCCUGGAAAAGUUCAUGACCAACCUUGGCAAAGGAACCGUGAUCCGCGGGGGUUAUGCCGGCUUUAACGGGACCAAGAAGACCAAUUUCAAGGCACCAAAAAAACGGCAGUCUUCGGAUGACUACUGGCUGACAACUCUUGGGCCUUUGGGAGCUCAACCUCUGGCUGGUGGAAACGAUUACCAAUUUUUCCGCAAUGUUGUCGACGACUUUGGAGCCGACAACUCUGGAGAUACAGACACAACCGAGGCUCUCAACGCAGCCACGCGAUGCGGUGAAGAGUGUGGCAACACCUUCUCACAAGGUGCCAUUGUCUACUUUCCGCCUGGCACGUACAAAAUCUGCUCUCCUGUGAUCCAAUAUUAUUAUACACAAUUCAUUGGAGAUCCCAAUGACAUGCCUACGAUCAAAGGCUGUGAUACCUUUGCGGGCAUCGCACUAUUUGACACGGAUCCGUACAUUCCUCUUGAAUCUGGGGCUCAGUGGUAUGUGAACCAGAACCAGUUCUUCCGCCAGAUUCGCAAUUUCGAGUUCGACCUUACCGAUAUGCCCGAGUCGACAGCGGAUCAAGGACAAGAUCUGGUGCCAACAGGCAUUCACUGGCAAGUAGCUCAGGCCACCUCCCUGCAGAAUCUCAUCUUCAGCAUGCCAACAACGAGCACUACAACAGCCGUUGGUAUCUUUUCUGAGAAUGGCAGUGGUGGUUUUGUGUCUAACCUCAUCUUUGACGGCGGCAACAUUGGUUGGCGCGCAGGUUCGCAGCAAUACACGGCUCGCAACCUGCAGUUCAAUUUCUGUAAUACUGCCAUUCAAAUGGUCUGGGAUUGGGGCUGGACUUGGCAGCAGAUUGACAUUAAUGGCGGCUCCAUUGCUUUUAACAUCUCUGGUAUCGGAGGAGACACGGGCCAGGGAACUGGCAGUGUGUCCAUUAUUGAUACUAUCAUCACCGGAACAAAGGUGGGCAUCCUGACCAACAACGCUGGAACGUCUCCCAACAUUGUACUAGACAACACUGUCUUUGAUGGAGUUACCAGUCCUGUCUUGAUUGAUGGUGGCAGCACGCUGCUGUCGGGCAACUCUGAUUUGUGGGCAACAGGCAAGCGAUACAACGGAUCAGCUGGCUCAUCACAGACCGGCGACGUGAUGGCACCAGCCAAGGCCAAGGGACUGCUGGAUUCCAAGGGCUUCCUCUAUGUGCACGGAGGAUGCAAGAACGAUGGCUCUGGUGACCAGCAAUCCUGUAUCAACUCUUUCUUGCAAAAGGCCGUGAGUGGGGGCAAGAUUGCCUACUUCCCGGCUGGCAUCUACACGAUCCAGGGUUCAGGCUUCUACUUCAGUGACAUGCACGACCCUAAGGUCAUGAUACAGGUUGGCAAAGAAGGUGACGUCGGCACCAUGGAGAUUGUCGAGAUGCUGUUCUCAGUCAAAGGCAACACGGCUGGCGCCAUCCUAAUGGAAUGGAAUACAGCAGCGUCCGAUCAAGGAGCGGCUGGCAUGUGGGAUUCACAUUUCCGCGUCGGAGGUGCCCUGGGAUCGGAUCUAGAUCUCGCGACAUGUCCCAAGUUUAGUGAGAAUCCUGAGUGUAUUGCAGCAUCACUCAUGUUCCACGUUACGCCUCAAGCCAACGGCUAUUUUGAGAACGUAUGGGCUUGGGUUGCGGAUCACGACAAUGACCAGUCCAUCUUCAACCAGCCAGACUCGACCAUCACGCAAGUUGCCAUCUUUGGUGCCCGUGGUAUGCUCAUCGAGUCUCAGGGUCCAUCGUGGUUCUAUGGCAGCGGCUCUGAACACUCGGUGCUGUACAACUAUCUGCUCAGCGGAGCCAAGAACGUCUACAUGGGGCACAUUCAAACAGAAUCGCCUUAUUUCCAACCAGUUCCGGGUGCUCCAGCUCCCUUUGAUGCUGCUGCAAGCUUUCCAAAUGAUCCUGACUUUAGCCACUGCAAUUUCACAGCUGAUACGGAUAAUGAGCAGUGUCGCUAUUCCUGGGGCCUGCAGAUUAUUGACUCAACCGAUGUCACCAUCCACGGUGCUGGGCUGUACAGUUUCUUCAACGCCUUUUACAAAGAUUGUGAGGACACAAGAAACUGCCAGGAGAGCAUCCUCGAAGUCAAGGGUUCGACGGGUGUCGUCAUCUACAACCUGUUUACUGUGGCUACCGUCGACAUUGCAAACGGAAUUGACGGUACCAAGAUCCUCCAGAGCGAUGGGAACCAGCGCGGCUACACAACUGAGGUCAGUGUAUGGCUGCCGCUUCCUGGAGCUGAUAAUGUCAACAUUGUGUGGGUUGGCACCGAUAUAUGGCAAACUCCGACGGUGUCCUGCUCGUCAGCGCCUUGCAUGUUGAUUCUACCUACAAGCUCGCUGGCAUCAAACACCACAAUUUCGCCGAGCCAGUAUGUUACCUCGUUUGAAUACGGUGGAAUCGGGCCCACGUCCAUUGCCGGCAUUGGUACUACAAGUGUCUUCAAGACGACCACUACGACAGUCACCAUCACAAUCCCGACCAUUGUCACUGGCGGCAUCCCCUACUCCAACGUCAAUAUGACUGGGACGGGUCCAACACCCGUCACCAUCUAUCCCAGCGUCAACAUCCCGCCCGUCAACGUUCCCUUGCCCGAUGGCAGUGGUGGCACAACUACACGCAAAGUCACGCUCCCGCCGUGGCCAGAAGUCAACGGCGGGCCCGGCUCAGAGAUCUUCACAGACCCAGGAACGGAACCGGGACAGAGCUCUGGUACUUCUGGCAGCUCUGGUGGCAGCUCGGGCAGCAGCACGACUUAUUACACUCCUCUGGGUUUCCCUGUCACAAUACCGAAGGCCACUGUUACGACAGUAACAUUCCCAGCUUCAACAGGAGCCAUUACAAUUUCGUGCCCGGCUACAACGUCUGUCGUGUUCAAGACACCUGCUAUUGCUGUUGGAACUACGUGUACCAACUCUAACCCUUUGACACUGUACUUUGCCUGCCCAACCACAAAGGUCUUCACAUUCCUUGCAGCUACUACGGCUGAAGCUUCGGUGGACUGCUCUCUGGUAACAUCAUGGAGCACUGGACAGGCCGACUCUACGACGCCGUUGCCCGUCUUUGCCACAUGGCCGCCCUUCGGCCAGAUUGUUCCUGUCACGACAAGCGUCAGCAAGCCCCAGCCCACCGACGAUGGCGUGGUUGUGCCCUGUACCGCCUGGUUCUUCUUCAUCUGCAUCUCAUGGGGCAUCUACGGACCUGGUCCUCCACCCGUCGGCCUGAUCAGAUGGCCUCCUGGUGUUACUAUUAAAGGAAAUCUGCCAGAUUGGCCUAAGAUCACCAUUGGUGAAGACAAUCAGCUUACAACUGAUGAUGAGCCUGAGUGUCAGACAGAGACAGCUGAGGCAUGCAUCACUACGACGUUUGUCUCGGCUUCGACAACGCUCUCGUCAGCUUCAACAUGCGAGACCAUCUCGGGCUGUUCCAUCACCGUAUCCGACUCUUCCACUACUGACGUCGUCGGCACACAAACGCCCGCACCUAUUGGUACCUGGUACGAUGAAGUCUGGUCUACCGAUGACUUGGGCCAAGCCUACACCAACUCUGUUCUCUCAGUGUUGAGCGCCAGCCUCGCCGCCGCCAGAGCCAGUUCUGGAGGAACAACCAUCAGCUUCACUUCAGGCCCCACGGCCGGACCAACAUGCAAGGGCGGCACAGCAGCUUGCGGAGGAACAAUAUGCUCUGGAUACUGGUGUACGCCCAGUCCUACAGGGUAUCCGCCUGGCUAUCAGGAUCCCAAGGAUCCCAGCUCGGGAGGAUAUUCGGCGCCCACGACAAGCAUUGGCUCAAGCACCUCAUCCAAGCCAAUUCAGAGCAGCAGCACCCGCUCAUGUACUGCCACUGAUAUGUGCAACUGCGACGAAGAUGGAUGUGACGAGUGCUCGCCUGCCUGUUGUGCCAACGGCACGUGUCCAACAUCGAGCUCAAAGCCUCCUCCGGCGUCUUCGAGUGCCGAUCCUUGUGCCAACUUUGAUUGUCGGGCUUGUGGAUCUCCAUUUGAUGACCCUUGCUAUGUCACUUCUUGGCACAGGGGUAGCUCAGCGUCAUCAUUUGCCCCUACCUCAACCAAUCAAGGUAGCGUUUCCUAA